AUGCCGGACUCCCCCCCCCCCCCGGCACGUCGUCUCUCCUUCCCCGUGUGGAGUAAGGUACCUAGAGGUACACAUGUCGGUACAGUUAAGAGAGCAAAUGGUGAGAACCAGCCACCCGUCACCCGUUCAACUGUCCUAGCGUCUACCUACCUAGAAAUAUGCACACCAAACUCGCUGCAGGAUGUCUGGCGCCUGUCACUCACUGCCACUGCCAAAUUGAAUUCUUCCAAAAUCCAAUACCGGCCUCCAACUGCCGUCCUCCGACAACAUGAUUCCCAUAUGCCGCUGUCUACCGCCGUCAGCCGUUCACUGUCUCUCCAUCUCCGCCGAAACGGCGCCGCGGCCUUUCCUUUUCAGGAGACGGGACGUUUGGGAUCAUCAAAUCGCAAAAUGACGGGCAUCAUGACUCGCGUGCAAGUCGAGGACAUCCACUGACUUGGGGUGAGGUGAUCUUAAUGGGGCUUCGACGGGCUGUGGUGGGGUCAUGGUGGGGUUUUCCCCGACCUUUGUGGUGGAGUAUGAACGAAUGCCUACAGGAAAAUAUCACAAUGAGAG